UCAUUUUAAAUGUGAAACGGCCCUAACCGUACGGAAAAUUUGUUAACAUUUCAAUAAAUAUUGUUCAAAAAUAGGCCUAAAUAAUAAUCACUCAAGAAAUAGUAAUAAUAUUCUAAAUUAUCUGGAUUAAAAAACUCACUUUCACAACCUGGAAUAUGACACAAUUUCCACGACCUUGAGAAAAUUUGGAGGGUUCCAUGUUCGUAAUAUUCGAGUCCAUGCUUCUUUACCUUCAUCUUCUUCUUCGAGGUUGGCUCCACAUGUUUGGCUGUAGGUUAUCUACAUGAUUAAAUUGAGUCUUGAGUACAUAUAGCUAAUUUAUUUAAUGCUCUCAAAAAUGAUGGCAAUUCAAGCACAAAGUAGUACAAUUGUUGGAAAGAACUUAACUCGAGUCAAUAAAGAACCUUCGAAGGCAAAUGUGGCCCAAGAACCUAAACCUAAACAACCGAAAGUUGAUGGGAAGGAGAAAACUAAUGGAUUGCGUGUGCCAGGUUCAAAUUGGGAGAAGUAUAAGAUGCUGCUGGCGGAAUCGAAGGCAAUGAAGAAGGAACCUCUGGAAUCGACGAUUGUCACAUCCCCGAGGAAACGUCACAGGCCUAGGAAACGUCCCGGUCCUAAUAAACAGACUAAUUUAUCCGAGGAUUCUCAGGCCGAAGUCCAGCUAAAAGCUCUGAAAGAGAUUCAUAAUGCGCAAAAAACAGAUCCAAUUUUAACCAAACAAAUAGCCAUGGACUGUGAAAUGGUGGGAAUUGGCGACGGCAACGAAAGCAUGUUAGCUCGAAUCUCCAUUGUCAAUAAAUAUGGGGUUUGUCUUUACGACAAAUACGUGAAACCCACCGAGGAAGUAAAGGAUUAUAGAUCAGCCGUUAGUGGAAUUUAUCCUCAUCACUUGAAAGAGGCCGAGGAAUUCAAAACGGUGCAAAAGGAAGUCGCGGAAAUGCUGAAGGGACGUCUUCUGGUUGGUCACGCUCUCAAAAACGACCUUGAAGUCCUCUACCUCUCGCAUCCAAGAUACUCGCAGCGAGAUACCUCGCGCUACAAGCCAUUCCGAAAAAUCGUCAAUGGAAAUACUCCGAGUUUGAAAAAACUCGCCCAUGAAUUGUUGGGCGUGAAAAUUCAAAUGGGCGAGCACAGUUCGGUGGAAGACGCGCGAUCUGCAAUGCAGCUCUACAUGCUCUACAGGAAUAAAUGGGAGCAGGAGAUUAGGACGAAAAGACGAUGAUUUUUGUUUCUAGUAUAUAAAUUCGCAUUUUUUCAGGUAAAUUAAUAUUUUGUAUCUUUGUUCUGGUUUAGUCCAGGCUCGAGUUUCGUUUUCUUAGGGAAGUGUUUCGAACUCUUAAAAUUGAUGAAACGUAUAUUUUGAAUACAGGGUGUCUACUCACCUGGAAUAUCUAGAAAAACCUGGGAAUUUUUUCGAGAACGUUGCUGAAAUUUCGGCUAAUUCGUAAUGUAAAAUUAAAUAACUAUUUUUCUUCUUUCUGUUAAAGUAGCCUUAUAUUACUGGAUUUAAUUAUUUUUGUGGUUGACGAGUCAUUUUGGGCUGAAAAUUAGUCUUUUUCGGUUGAAAAUUCAACUAUUUUGAUAGAAACUAAUUUACUUGGAUGAAAAUUGAUAUUUUCCGUUCGAAAAUUCCACUAUUUGAUUGAAAAAUAGAUUUUCUUUUGUAAUCAUAUUUUUAGGGUUUAAUAUUCAAGCGUUUCGUACAAAAUUCGUAUUUUUGACUUAAUAAAACUACAAUUUGGUUGAAAUUUUUUCUACUUUUUUGUCGUUAUUUCGUCUUGGGUUAAAAAAUUCAUAAUUUUUAGUGGAAUUUUUAAUUGUUUGGG